AAGUGCAGCCCGGGCCUUUGCCGCAAACGGCGGGCCUCACCUGGGGCCGGAGACUCCCGCAGAAGCGCAACGACCCGCGGACCGAGCGAGCGCCGGCGUCCCUGCCCGCCCCUCCGACUCGCCACCCCGCCCCUACACUCGGGGCCUCUGCCGCCCCGCCCGCGGCGGGUGGGCGCUUCCCUCCACUCCCCGCGACACUUUGCAGACGCUCCCCGGCGCCGGGCAUGGGCGCCGCCGCCGUCGGUCCCCUGGCCGGAUUCCGCGCGCGGACCCAGGAGUCCCAGCCUUCAGCACCCCCAUUUCCCCAGCCCUAAGGAGUUGGGCCCCACCUCCCGCGGGAUGUCCCUCCAUCUGUGGCUGCCGUUUCUGUCCAGUGCCCCUGAGGCGCUUAGCUGCCCGGGUCCGCCGGAGGUCGCGCCAUGAAUGACCGAAACAGCCGGAGGAGGACACUGAAGAAAGACGAUGAGGCCUUCGAGAUCUCCAUCCCCUUCGAUGAGACGCCCCACCUAGACCCACAGAUCUUUUACAGUCUGAGCCCCUCUCGGGGAAACUUCGAGGAGCCUCCGGAAGCCGCGUCCCCAACUGUGGCCCUGAUGAAUGGGGUCAGGGCCCAGCUGCAUAUGGCCCUGGAGAGGAACUCCUGGCUACAGAAACGCAUCGAGGACCUGGAGGAAGAGAGGGAUUUCUUGCGUUGUCAGCUGGACAAAUUUAUCUCCUCUGCCCGCAUGGAUGCAGAGGACCACUGCCGGGUGAAGCCUGGGCCCAGGCGGGCUGAAGGGGAUGGCCGGGGUGGGGCUGGGGGUGAGGCCUCAGACCCUGAGUCUGCGGCCUCCUCGCUCAGCGGAGCAUCUGAAGAAGGCAGUGCUGUGGAGAGGAAGAGGCAGAAGGGAAGUGCUGGCCGGAGGCGCUUCGGGAAGCCCAAGGCCCGGGAGAGGCAGCGGGUAAAGGAUGCAGACGGUGUCCUUUGCCGAUACAAGAAGAUCCUGGGCACCUUCCAGAAGCUGAAGAGCAUGUCUCGGGCCUUCGAGCACCACCGAGUAGAUCGUAACACGGUGGCGCUGACCACACCCAUCGCAGAGCUUCUCAUCGUAGCCCCCGAGAAGCUGGCCGAGGUGGGCGAGUUCGACCCCUCCAAGGAGCGCCUGCUCGAGUACUCGCGCCGCUGCUUCCUGGCCCUGGACGACGAAACCCUUAAGAAGGUGCAGGCCCUCAAGAAGAGCAAGCUGCUGCUUCCCAUCACCUACCGCUUCAAGCGGUGAUUCUGCCCCACCUGGCCCGGGACACGCCCUUCGGCCCCCACGUCCCUCCCUCCUCUGCCCCUCGUGGCAGUGGCAAGCGUGUGCAUGAGUGGUGUGCUCCUCCAGAGGGCCUGGGGGGUGGGCGGCAUGUUUCUGCGUGCGCCUCCCCUCCCCUCGUCCUGCAGAUCCAUCCCCACUCCUGCCCCGGGUCCCUUGUAUAUAGAUCUGACUCCCUCCUUGCCUCUCACGUUCCUAGCAUCCUCCCCUUCCUCUGCAUCCCCUGGGGAGGAGUUCCAGUUAGCCAGUCUCCCAAGAGCUACUGCCCAGGGGGUCGGUGUCUGCGCUUUCCUGAACGUGGGCACUCCUCCCCCGUGAGCUGCACCGUCCUGCCCUCACCGGGCCCUUCCUCGUGGAGGAGGGGGUGGGAGGACUGCGAGACUCUCUGCGGGGCCGGGCCCUGUACAUACCCCGUGUCAACCCUCAGCCCCGAGGAGAGGCUGGCCCACUCUGCCAGGAGCUCCCCAUCCGCAUCCCGGACUGCCCCGAGUCUACGUGAGAAAGAAUUAUUCAGAGAAUUUAAAUUAAAGAGAGAAGAUAAAAUUUGGAAUAAA